UACGUUCGAAUCUGAAUCAAGCGUAAAGUAAUACGAAAGCACCACGCUCCAAACGCGCACGUGACGCCUGCGCUAACGGAAGUUCACACGAAGCACUGAAGUCAACGGGCAUAAUCGAAGGCAGUUGGAAAAGAGCUUCAAGCAAUCGUCUUUUUUAACUGCCGUUAGCCACGUCAUCUCCCGAUUCCUAGUUUGGCGGGAAUUCCGUAAUUCUCAUGCCAGAUCGAGAAUAUAGAAAAGAAAACGGAAAGAUAUAGUUUAAUUUUCUCGCCGACGAUUUAAAGGGUCGAAUCUGUAUUUCCUCUUUUAUUCGAUGUAACGAUCGGUUAUUCUUUUUGAUUGAUGGCAACUGAUCAAUGGCGUUCUCCAGAGGCGUAGCAGCAGACGAGGAAAUAGGGAAAGCAGGAGCCGGUAAACGAACGCAUGUGCAGACCGCGACUCAGGCCCAGGCUCAAACUCAAGCUCAGGCCAAGCGGAAGGCGACUGGGGUGAGAACAUGGCUGGUGGUGUCGGAGUCCGGGGAGUCGCGGUUCGAGGAUGUUGGGAAGCACUCAAUUAUGCGGCGGACGGGCCUGCCCGCUCGCGACCUGAGGGCUUUGGACCCGGUCUUGUCGUAUCCAUCAUCGAUUUUGGGGAGAGAGAGGGCCAUCGUCAUCAACCUGGAGCACAUCAAGGCCAUCAUCACUGCCAAGGAGGUCCUCAUGCUCCAUUCCUCUAAUCCACUCGUUGUCCAGUUUGUUCAGGACCUCCAGCAACGAAUUUCUUGCCUCCAUGCUGCGCCGCAGCAGGCAAUGGAAGAGUCACCUGCUGUUGCAUGGACCUCAACCUUAAUGCCCCGUGAUGAUGAUUCAGGAACUGCACCAACUAGUGAACUAACAGAUCACAGCCCGACAAUGAUGAAUAUGCCUAUAGAUGCGGGUCCAAAGAUAUUGCCAUUUGAGUUCAAGGCACUUGAAGCUUGUCUUGAGUCUGCUUGCAGGUGUCUCGAAUCCGAGACACGGACACUGGAGGAGGAAGCAUAUCCAGCACUUGAUGAACUGACUUCUAAAAUCAGCACACUUAAUCUGGAACGUGUUAGACAGAUAAAAAGUCGUCUGGUUGCCAUAUCAGGUCGCGUGCAAAAGGUGAGAGAUGAACUUGAA